CUUAUUCUUCAUCAUCUCCUAAACUCUUGUUAACUUAUGAUUCCAUGAAAAUAUAGACAUGGAGGGAUCAACAUCAACAUCAGCAUCAACGUUUUUCCAUGAUUUUCUCCACCGCAUGCGACACCCUGCUUCCCUCGACCUCGUCCGAGCCAUCAAGAGCUUCAUUGUGUCAUUUUCAUUUUACCCUCCAAAACCUGAAAAUGAUGGGAAAAGAGUUCAAGACUUCUUUCUGUCUAUGGAAGUUACAAUCAGAGAUCAUCCAUUGUGGGCCAAUGCCACUGAAGAUGACAUUGAUUGUGCGAUGGAGGGAUUAGAGAAAUAUAUAUUGACUAAAUUGUUCGCUCGGACAUUUGCUGCUUCUCCUGAGGAUGCAAAGAUUGACAAUGAAAUCUCUGAGAAAAUAUGCUUGCUCCAAACCUUUCUGAAGCCUGAACAUUUGGAUAUACCACCAAUUCUUCGUAAUGAAGCGUCAUGGCUGCUUGCAGAGAAAGAAUUGCAGAAAAUCAAUGCUUUCAAAGCUCCCCAAGAGAAACUCUUGAGCAUUAUGAAUUGUUGCAGGGUCAUUAACAAUCUGUUGCUCAAUGCUGCAAUGUCUGAGCAUGUGCCAGCCGGGGCGGAUGACUUUCUCCCUGUGCUUAUAUAUGUUACGAUCAAGGCGAAUCCUCCAAUGUUGCAUUCUAACCUCAAAUUCAUCAAGCUGUAUCGAAGGCAAGCAAAACUCAUCUCAGAAGCUGAAUAUUAUUUCACAAACCUUGUGUCAGCCAAGACAUUUAUAGCUGACUUAAAUGCUAAAUCCCUUACAAUGGAUGAAAUCAUAUUCGAGGAGAGCAUGCAAGCAGCCAGAUUAACCAGCAGAGUCUCAAGUGUAAAACCCUCUACAUGUCAAGCAAGCCAGCAAGGGAAGAACGAUGGCAGUUUUUCGAAGAAAAUGCACCUUAAACGUGAUGAUACUGGAGUUUUUCAAGUUUUGCAACAUGAAACAAAUUAUCCAUACACGGAAGCUAAGGGUGAAGAGCUAGCAGUUGAAGAUGUUGACAUAUUAUUAAAUUACUACAAGGAUUUAGUUGCUAAGUACACAAUCCUGUGCAAAGCUAUCGAUUGCCUUUCAGUGCCAGAGAAAGAACCCCUCCUUCAUCAUCUUGAAAUGCAAGGAGCAGGAAGUCUGUUUUCCCAGCACAACAAAAUCAACACAAACACAAACGACCAAACCAUCUCAGAAACACCAAGAUGAAUGACAAUGAGAAUGCACGAGUGUGUGUAUACAAUAUCAUCAAGCAAGAUUUAAUAUCUCCAUGCAUUGAAAUAUAAUUAGGCAGGGAUGUCACAUGUACAAAUAUUUUCAUGAAGAAUUAGCCGUGGAACACCCAAGUGUGUGUCCUUUGAAUGUAUAAUUUCAGAUUCCAUUUAAGGUGGACAUGCCAAAACAAGGUGCACAGGUGCAGGUAUGUUAUGUUUUAGCUGUUGAAUUGAACUAUGUUUUCCUUAAGAUAAUCUGACAACAAAUAGUAAUGGACCAAUGUGUAAAUCAAAUUAACGGACUAUUUUCAUA